GAACAGCAGCCAUGGGGAUCAAGUACUGGUAUUUGUGGAAGAAAAUCACAGAGCAGAAGCAGCAGCAGACCAUAUAAUACUUGUCCACAAAUAUUCCAAUACCAAAAGCCUGGAAGAAGAUCCUCAUCAGCAAGUGCUGCAGAGAAUGAGCCUUUGUUAUUGCCAACAGCAUCAUCUACAAGUUGGCCAGGUUACGGUCGAUCAGAUCGUCAACGUCUCAAAAGAUGAUCAAGAAGCUUGGCUUCCGAUCACCGAGUCCAGAAAUGGCAACACUUAUUCUGUCACGUUUCAUAUACUGUGCUCCGGGUUUGGAAUGCAAGCCCUUUUGCUUCCUGCUGCAUUUGCCACUCUUGGGUGGGCAUGGGGUAUCAUAUGUUGGUCCCUAGCAUUUGUGUGGCAGCUCUACACCAUAUGGCUUCUCACACGACUUCAUGAAUCGCUCCCCGGAAUCCGCUUCAGCAGAUACCUCCACCUUUCAAUGGCUGCAUUUGGUACAAAGCUAGGGAAGCUACUUGCCUUAUUCCCGACAAUGUACUUAUCCGGCGGCACGUGUGUCACGCUGAUUAUCACGGGAGGUGGGACCAUGGAACUCUUGUUCAAGACUGUAUGUGACGGUGGGUCCACGUGUCACGCCAAGUCAUUGAACGGUGCAGAGUGGUUCUUGGUGUUUACGUGCAUGGCAAUUCUGAUGGCCCAAUUGCCAAACCUCAACUCCUUGGCUCCGGUCUCUCUGAUUGGAGCCAUCACCGCAAUCCUAUACCCUGCUCUGAUUUGGGUUCUCUCUAUCACUAAGGGAAGGCCCGCCGGCGGCGUAUCCUACAGUCCAUCUGAGACUGUGACGAUGAACUCCAACAUGAUGGGCAAGAUCAGUAGUAUUCUCAAUGCGCUUGGGAUCAUUGCUCUUGCUUUCAGAGGUCACAAUGUUAUACUCGAGAUACAGGGAACAUUGCCUUCGAGUACAAAAGAUCCAUCCCACAAGCCUAUGUGCAAAGGAGUGACAAUAUCUUAUAUAGUAAUCGCCAUCAUGUGCCAAUUACCCCUCGCAAUCUCUGGAUUUUGGGCUUAUGGAAACAAGAUACCUCAUAAUGGACUAGGAUUGCUGACUGCAUUUUCGCAGUUCCAUGGACACAACACCUCUAAAUUCAUGAUGGGCUUCAUCUAUCUUCUAGUAUUGGUGAACUGCUUAUGUGUAUUCCAAAUCUACGCGAUGCCAGUUUUUGACAACUUGGAGUUCAGGUACACGACCAAGAAGAAACAACGGUGUCCGAGGUGGGUUCGGACGGGCCUCCGCCUAUUCUUUGGAGGGAUGGCUUUCUUUAUAGCAGUGGCUUUUCCAUUCUUGGGAAGGUUAGGUCCUCUAAUAGGAGGCAUCGCGUUGCCUUUGACGCUUGCUUAUCCCUGUUUCAUGUGGCUUUCCAUGAAGAAACCCCGCUCAAAGAGUGUACUGUGGUGUGUUAGCUUGGGGCUCGGUUGCUUAGGCAUUGUUUUCAGUGUUCUUUUAGUUGUUGCAGCAGUCUGGACUUUAUCUUACAAUGGCUUAAAUGCCAAUUUCUUCAGGCCUUAAUGAUAAAUACUGAGAAAUCAUUAGCAUUAAGCCAAUUAUAGAUUUUUUCUAAAGAGAUAUAAUCAUGUUAGAGUAUAUGUGUAUAUAUAUAAGAAAAUACUAUAACCACAAACGAAUUAUAUAAAAGUAAACCUAUAAACUGAUAUGGUUUGAUGUAAUACGUUAGAUUGUAAAAUUAUUUUUAUUAUAAAGUAUAUCUAAUGAAUUUCAUGAAA